GUCAAGUAGAUUUAACAAAGCUGAUUUUACAAACAGGUUCUCCCUUUCAGAUCAAUGAGUCACAAUAAGUUAAAUAAAGGUUUACUGUCAUUUAUCCGACCCAUUUUAUCGUCUCCGCUGGGACGAUUCUGAAAGAUCAGGAAACUAUAAAAAAAAACGAUGCCCUUCUCUCUUUUUUCUUUUUAACUAAACCUUGUGUAAUGAAAGAAUCAAUCGAUCUGGGGAUGACAGAGACUGAGAUCAUAGAAGAGAACGUUUUGACGGCCAAUAACGAUACAAAAAUACAUAUGGAUCAAAAUAUACUAACAGAAAAGGCAUCAAAAGACAACCAGUGUGAUAGCUUAUCAAUCACCACUGCUGCUGAUCAUGCUAAUAAUACUGCUGUUGAUUCUUCUCUUCAUGAAACCAAACGUACAUCCAAUUGGUACAAAAGACUGUUUGGAGACAUUUAUGCUACAGAUGAUCCAUAUGAUUAUUCUGAAGGAAAAAAGAAUUUCAUUAUUUUACUUGUUGCACUCAGUGGUAUAGCUGGUCCUAUGAGCUCAAUGAUGUAUAUGCCUGCUUUGUUGACUGUGGUUCGAGACUUACAUACAACAACAUCUGCUGUAAAUGGUAGUGUUUCCGCUUUUGUGGUAUUUAUGGGUAUUUCUCCUUUGUUCUGGGCCGCAUUAAGUGACACAUAUGGUAGAAAGCGAAUGUACAUGUUUAGUGGUAUGAUCACAGUUGUCAGCUCAGUAAUCAGUGCUCUCUCAACAAACAUUGGUAUGCUUAUUGCUUUCAGAGCACUGCAAUCAUUUGGAUCUAACGCCGGUACUUCGCUGGGUGCUGGUGUAAUUGCCGAUAUGAUUCCUGUAGAAAAUAGAGGAAAAGCUUAUGGUAUCUUUUAUGCAGGUCCUUUAUUAGGUCCAGUCAUAGGUCCUACCAUUGGAGGCUUCCUGUGUCAAUAUCUAGGUUGGCGAUCAACGUUCUAUUUCACUGCUAUUUUGUGUGGUGUCUUAUUAUGUUUGACUUCAGUGUUUUUACCAGAGACCUUGAGAAAAGUAAAGCCAAGACCAAAUAAUAACGAAAAGAACAAUCUUGAAGAUGCUGUUUCUCUCACAAGUACGACAGUACAUCCAUCACCAAAUCAACAUUUAUCAGUAAGAGAAACACUUGCGCUCAGCUUUAAACCUAUGAUUACAAUGCUCCAUGAUCCAAAUGUGAUUAUCUUGACUAUCAACAGCUCUAUUAUUUUUGCUAGUCUAUAUAUUCUGAAUCCUACUAUUACACAAACGUUUAAAAGAAUUUACGGCUACAAUGAAUGGCAAACAGGCCUUUGCUAUCUUUCUUUGGGUGGCGGUUUUAUGGUUGGUUCUAUUAUUAGUGGACGACAUUCAGAUCAUAUUUUGAAGAAACUCUCCAAAAAAAGAGGUGAUGGUCAGAAAAUUGUUUCUGAGAUGCGAUUGCAAGCAGCUUUUCCUUCCUUCUUGAGUAUGCCUGCUGGCUAUUUGAUUUAUGGAUGGACAACAGAAAAAGACACUGGCAUAUAUGCACCUAUCAUUGGAUUGUUUCUUUAUGCAUUAGGUCAAAUGUGGGCAUUUACUCCUACUUCAGUCUAUCUUGUGGAUACCAAACCAGGCUAUUCGGCCACUGCUGUUGGUGUCAAUGCUUGUAUUCGUGGCAUUGCUGCUGCUAUUACUACUGUGUUUUCUAGUACAGCUGUUGAUGCUCUAGGCAAUGGCAUUAUGUUUACCAUCUUGGGUGUGGUUGGAUUUCUGAAUGGUGGGCUUGUACUUCUUUGUUAUUUUAGAGGUACACAAUGGAGACGAAGAUUUGAACAGAAACACAUGCCUGAUCUAUACAUACUAAACAACCCUCAACUGUUUGAUUCAACCGAUGUAAAGCCAAUGGAUGAUCCUAAACUGCAACAAAACAUCAAUCAACUUGAAAAGAUCCAUACCCAACAUAGUACAUGUAUUGCUUAAGAAACUCAUUUUCAAUUAUAUAGUUUCAUCUUCAUUUUAAUUACAUAUAUACGCAUUGAUCUAAUACAUUCUUUUUUGGUAAUAUACAACAACAAGCUCGAAUUUAUCCUUUAUAAUCACAUUUGUUCAAGCUUGAACAUCUAUAAAAUGAAAAAAAAAAAUUGAUCCUUUCGACGGUAC